AUGCGAAUCAAUGACAUUACCGGUGGUCUCGGAGCCCACGCAGUCAUCGUCGCGGUCGGGGCAUCGCAAGCCUAUAAAAUGGCAGUGAAGCUUCUUCGACCCCUUGGGACUCUUAUUUGUGUUGGGCUUCCAGAGCUUGGGCUUCAUAUUCCCAUGAGCGCUGUUGACUGUGUGAAUAGAGGGUAUAAAAUUUGUUGGAAGUGCAGUGGGAACAGAGAAAGAUAUGGCAGAGCUGCUGCAAAUGGCCGUUGA